AUGGACCACUACGUCAUCUGGGUUGACAAGCACCUGGAGCAGUUCAAUCUCUUAUGGGAUGCUCUGCGGGAAUUCCGAAGCUCUCUUCGGCGUUUUGGGAACCCUGACGAUAUCAUAGACUCCCUUUCGCGCCUGAAUCUCGCGGCACGUCUCGACAGUUUACCGGGCGCGGAGGCGGUCCGAGUGUUGGAGAAAGCGACAGGCAAGAAGAUCGAUUGGACGAGCCUGGAGAAGUGGAUUAAGGGUGCCCAGGACCACGGCAUGCAAGCUGCUCAAGAUUGA